AUGCACUGGUACUACAAGCUGUUAGCCCGCCGACCCUAUCUGGUGUUGACGUCCGUCGGGAUGCUAUCCAUUACCUGCAUUAUCGUGGCACUUUCCACCCGCAAACUGCCCGACUUCGAUGAUCCCACCUUGGGUUUCGAAGCUCGCGGAACAUCGAUUGGCAAACGGUGGACGGCAUGGCGCAAUCUAUUGGAAGCAACGGGCGCUUCAGGCGGCCUGGUGGCCAACCCGAAGGAACUAACACUUGGCAGCAACAAUCAGAUACACUGGAACCGCCGCGGUACGGUCGCACCAAAACAGCGAAAGCAUAAAUCGAAAAAGAAAGAUUCCGCCGAGGGAAAGAAAAAACCAUCGCAAUCAAGCAAAUCCAUACGACUCGUAAAGGAACUGUAUCAUAACCGGACAUCUAUGACGAUGGGAAGCGGCGGCGGUGAGCUCAUAAAUUUCGAGGAAUACGACAACGAAACCGUGACAAGCCGUGGUGCCCGAAUGGAGGUAUGGGAGUACGGGAAGAAUCAAACGUUUUACACGGACGAGAUCGGUAAUAAGACGAUGGAAAAGAAGCGCGCCAAGUGGGACACGCUGCGGAAGCUGAAACCGCCACCGGAACCGAUCGAAAUACACAUUCCCUCCGAUGGCUUCUUCUGUGAAUCACCAAACAAAGAAUACGCACAUUUGGUAGCGCAGCGUAUAAAUGCCAAUCUGAAUGACACGCUGUUCGAGUUAAACGCCUUUCUGGCGCUGUGCGAGCUGGAGCAACGUAUUGUCACGGUAGAACACUACGAGGAUAUUUGCCAGCGCGAACUGACCACCAGCAGCUGCUGUCGCCCGUGGUCGGUCGUCAACUAUGUCACCUUUCUGUCCAAUAAAACUUCCUGCUUCGAGCUGAACGAGGAGGACGUAGCGAUGGUCAAAACGCUGCUUUUUGACUGCUUCCCGUACUAUCGCAGCAUGAAGCUGAGUAACGAUUGCCUACGUUCGAGCUGCACGGCACCGACGGAGUGCCAACAGCACAACGCCGUCUACAACAUCCUGCACUACCUGGCCAGUUCGGAUUUUAUUCGCCAAAACGAAUCGGCCGAGUUUUUAAACGCAACCAUGAUCUUCUUACCAAUCGCACGAAGCACCAAAUCGAUGGAAUUUUAUCACAGCAUCAGCCGAGUAAAGCUUGCCAACGAGCUAGUGGCGAUUGUGGCGAUGGAUUUGGGUCUCAAGAAUGCCCUGUUUGACGAGUGCUUGCUGCGUGACGGGUGGCUGAUCGGACUGGGUGGCAUCUUUGUGGUACUCUGCAUGUGGCUCUACACGGGAUCGCUUUUCGUGACAAUCAUGACCGUGACGGCGGUGGCGUUUUCCCUAGGCAUAGCCUACUUCAUCUACUCGUUUGUCUUCGAGCUUACGUUCUUUCCCUUCAUGAAUCUGCUGGCCGUUAUCGUUGUUGUCGGAAUCGGGGCCGAUGAUGCAUUUAUCUUUCUGAAGAUCUGGCAAUGUACGAUCGCCGAUCAGUUGAAGAAAACGGACGGUGCUGCCGGCGCCAUAGUUAUCCCGAUCGCGCCCUCUUCCGGAUCGUGCAGCAUGGAAUUGAGCGGAGCGGUGCGCCCUUCCGAUGCCCUUGUCGAAAUUAUGGGUAGCACUUUGCGCCAUGCUGCCCUCUCGAUGCUCGUAACAUCGCUGACGACGGCAGCGGCUUUCUACGCGUCGUAUGUGAGCUCUAUAACGGCUGUUCAAUGUUUUGGAAUCUUCUCCGGGACAGCGGUAAUGGCGAAUUACUUUUUGAUGGUCACGUGGCUUCCGGCGGCCGUUUCUAUAGCGGAGCGUAUCUCCUGCCUGAUGCUGCUGCGGCCAUUCACCCCCCUGACGGCCUUGCGCUGCAACGGACCGUUCGUGACAUUCACACGUAUCAGCCGCCGCGUCGAGGACACUAUCAUCGGGUUGGUGAUUAAUCUGCCGGUUGUGUGGAUAGCACUCCUCGGAUUAAUCGGCAUACUAAGUGGCGUACUGGUGCUCCAUUGGCCAAAGUUGCGGCUGCCCGAUUCGCCGGACUUUAAGCUGUUCAUCAGCAACCAUCCGUUCGAACGGUACGACAGUGAGUACAAGGAUAUGUUUUGGUUCGAAAAGAUGUAUACCGCGACGGAAAGCUUCAAAAUUCCGCUCCGCUUCGUCUGGGGCGUCCUGCCCGUCGAUCGGGGGAACUUUCUCGAUCCGGAGGCACGCGGCGAGUUGUACUUUGACGACACGUUCGACAUGAGCGCCCCGGAAUCGCAACGGUGGCUGCUGCAGUUUUGUCGGCGUAUCAAAAACCAAACCUUCUACCAGACCAGCUACGGGCUGCUGCUACCGAACUGUUUCAUCGAGAAUUUCAUCAGCUGGAUGGGCAGACGAUGUAACGAUUCGAUGGGUGAAAUCGAUCGAACGCCGUGCUGUGAAGUGUCGCCGUUUCCGUUCGCCCCGGAAAUCUUCGAUCAGUGUUUACCCGAGUCCAUCUCGUCGUUGUACGAAACACCGCGUGAAUUUUUCAUUCCGGGCGUGGCGGGGCCCAAAUUUGCACGCAGUUCGUUCGUCCUCGAAGGAUCAGCCACGGAUAGUCGGGAGAACCGGGAGCCGCCGGCGAGCAGCGAUGGCAAGAUGGUGAAGGCGGUCGUUAUCGAGUACGAGAGCACACAAAUCUUCACCAUGUCGUACACCGAGAUAGAUGCCUUCGUGCGCUCGGUGGAGCGCUGGUUAGCGGAGCAGCUCAAGGAUGCACCCCCCACAAUGGCCAACGCGUGGUUUACCAGUGAGCUGGAGUUCUUCGACCUGCAGGAUACCCUCUCCACCGGCACGCUGGUGGCGAUCGCGAUGGCAAUGGCGGUGGCGUUACUCGUCCUAAUGCUCGUGACACUCAACGUGCUAAUCUCUCUUUAUGCCAUUGUGACGGUCACGCUAACGAUUCUGACCACGGUGGCCAUAUUGGUGCUGCUGGGGUGGAAGCUGAACGUGCUCGAAAGUGUGGCCGUUAGUACGGCGAUCGGGCUGGCGGUAGAUUUUAGCCUCCACUAUGGUGUACACUACCGUCUCUCGACCGAGCCCGAUCGUCGCUCAUCGACACAAUUUUCACUACACCGUAUGCUCGGGCCGACGGCUAUGGCCGCCAUCACGACCGGGAUUGCCGGUGCACUGAUGCUGCCCUCGAGGGUGCUCGCCUACAUCCAGAUCGGUGUGUUUCUAGUCAUUGUGAUGACGAUCAGUUGGGUGUACGCGACGUUCUUCUUGAUGAGUUUACUGUGUGUCAUCGGUCCUCAGUACGGCUUUGGUCAGUUUAGUUAUCCGAAGCUACUGGGAGGUUCGCUGCGCAGCGAUGGCGGCAAGUCACCGACGGAGCUCGACAACAGUGAGGUGUCCCGGCAUAAUACUCAUCAUCAUCAGAACAUGGUCACGGAGCAGCUGCUGUCAAACUCCAGCUCAGCUGCCGGCGAUCUUGUCGGUUCGGAGUCACACGAGCUCGAUUCGCUAACGUCGAACUCGAUCAUCAAACCCAUCGGGCUCGAUAUUGCCCGGCCGAUCAAUUUUGAUCGGGCUUUCAGGAAGAAGUACUCGGACCCGCGCGAGCAAAGCCCAUCCACGGCGAGUGCGAUCACGAUGGUGUUACCCGAUGAUGUCGAUUCUCGCAUGCUGGCUAGUGGCGUACAGUGA